GAGAGAUAACGUCAUUGAUGACGAUUCCCCAUUCAUUAACCGUCCGUCCAUGAAACCCGAGUUGCAAUGUGUUGAGUUAUCCCGAACGCACGCAUUCUGGCCUCUCGUACUAACUGACAGAAGGGGCGCUUGUUGUGUGGGAAUUAGAGGAUGUCAAGGCUGUGCACCUACUUCACGAUCCAGCAAUGUGUUGAACUGUUCAGUCUUGCUCAACCGCUGAGAAAAUUAUGGAAAAUUUACCGAAGAAAGCCAAAUCAUUGCAGGGUCACCGACCUUCAGGGGCGCCUUCUCUUGAGCCUCCGUCGGACGAUAUCAGGGGAAGCGCCAAGGGAGGCAAAAGUUUAUCAUGCCUGUCUUUGGUAAAGAAAAUUAUGGGGAAAUUCUCCAAGGGUGCCAAAACAUUGGAAAGUUGCCAAGCUUCGGGGGUGCCUUCUUUCGCGCCGUCGGACGACACCAGCGCAGGCUCCAAGGGAGACAAUAAGGGUGGAAACUUACCCGGCAUGUCUUUGGCUAAGGGGAUCAAGGGGAUGUUCUCAAAGAAAUCCAAAUCGUGGAAAGAUCAUCAAGCUUCGAGGGCGCCUUCCGCUUCACGCUUGCCGUCUCCUGCAGUCGACACCAGGGGAGAUGUCAAGGGAGGCAUCGGGAGCGGCACAGGUGCCGGAUCCGUCCGGAAAGGUGUUCUGAGCGUGCUUCGUGUCGUGCAUGUGAGCCUAGAUGGUGUCCCUGUUCCUGGCCUCAAAAGUGUGAUUGGUGGUUUGCUUGAAGUUGUUAGCCAAUUAGAGGUGUCAUAGAGAGUCGGAGCAAACGCCGAGGCGAUUCAUCAGCUCCAGAACAGCAUCGAAUUCUUUGUUCACUCAAUAUUGGAGCCUCUCAAACAAUAUGGUGCCAAAAAUCCUGUUCCUCACGGGAUUUCUAGAGCCAUCGAGGCUGUAUCAACGUAUG